AUGCUCUUGAACCGAUUAAUUCUCAUUUUCGCUGCAGCGGUCCAAGCACUGCCGCAGCCAGCCUCAGCUAGCUGCCGAGAUGUUCAGAUCCCGAUUACCGUAUCAACGACUCGAUUCAUUUUGUCAACGUCGCUCAAAGAUGAUUGGGAUGCUGCCGCGCUAAGUCUCAACUUGACUCGUCGAGAUUUCAGUAAAUCGAGCGAUCCUCUUCCCAUUAGUGGAUCCACUGCGGCUGCUGUGAAGAGCACUUACACCGUGGGUGCGACAUUGUGUGGCAAUGGAGGACCGACAUUGAUACUUACACAUGGAAUCAUUGAAUCUAAGCUUUACUGGCGACCCAACUUUCCAGGCAGUGAAAAGUACAACUUUGUCGAUGCUGCUAUUGCUCAGGGCUAUUCAGUCCUCUACUACGACCGCAUUGGCGUUGGAUCAUCACCAAAAGUCAACUCGUUCACAGACGCACAAUUCCAGGUCGAAGUUGCCGUGCUAGAGGGCCUCGUCAACUACGCCAAAACCAAAGCUCAUGCUAGCAAGAUUGCUCUUGUCGGCCACAGUUACGGCUCCUACAUUUCUUCCGCAGCAGCCUCUCAUGUCGCCGUCGACAGUCUCGUAUUGACCGGCUACAGUGGCACUUUUGACUACUUCCCCCCUUUUAUUGCAGGCGCCGGCUUCCGCGUUGCCAAGUUGCAGAACCCUGCGCGGUGGGGGCAGUUGGAUUCUGGAUACAUCACCAGCUCGGAUUUGUAUGCCGAGACUUAUGUCUACUAUGCGGCUCCGUACUUUGAGCGCAGCGUUGCUGAGUGGACUUACAAUGUUGCCAGCGAGCCAUUUGCGGUUGGCGAACUUCCCUCGCUGUUGGCUACCACGGUUGACUACAGCGCAAUCAAGGCGCCUGUCUUGGUGCUCCAGGGCCAGUUUGACGUUUCUGCCUGUGGCGGCAACUGCGUCGGCGUUGUAAAUGGCACAAAGGAUAUAUUCACGGGAGCUAAAGUCCUUGAGUAUGUUGACAAUUUGCCAGCAGGGUGA